CGAGAGCGAAAAAAAUUGCAUUUCACAGAAAGCGGGGCUGAUGGACGGCGCAGAGCUGGAGACUCCGCAGUGUAUCCAUGAUUCAGCCACUGCCUCCACUGUGAAUCUACAAAAGCAACGGUUGCAUCUGCUCUACUCCCCAUGCUCAACAGUGCAGCGGCGGGGUUAUUAAGUUUACGUCUUUUAUUUUUGCAUUUGCUGUUGAUUUAAUGUACCAUUGAAGAAAAUACUACCCGCCCGACCGCUGCCAAAGGUUUCAUUCACAAACUUACGCAGAAUCCGGCACUGUGCGCCCUCACGCCGAGCGGCACUGCAUCUACAAAGCAGCGCAGCCAGCCCCUUAUUGCACCUGGGUGUUAGCGGAGCUUGUUAUUAUUCUAGGGACGUUGAAAUGAGAAAACCAGCUGUAUGCAUAAAUAUUGUACACUGAAAAGGACUCAUUUUAAAGGGGUUGAAAUUCUGAGUGAGGACCAAGGAGGAUUUAAUCAAAUGGAUUCCCGGGUUUCCCUGGGGAAUGCGGGAAGUCCCGCGUCCGUGUUUCAGCCGCUGCUGGAGGGCCGCUUGCCAUACAGCAGAUUGCAACACACGACAAUCUUGCCCAUGGACCAAAUGAAGCCCAAUCACCUGGAGAACGAUUACGUGGAGAACCCGAUCAUCGCCCAGCCCAGCAGCAAGACCCCGAGCGGCCAGGACAGCGCGGGGAGCAGUCACCGCGACCUGGGCUGCGACCACCACCAACUCUCCGGCCACAGCAGCCUGUCGUGGGACUCGCAGGGCGACAGACCCGGCUCCAUCAGCAGCAGCAGCAGCACUUCCUCAGACCAGAGGCUGUUGGACCAUGCCGCCCCUCCCUCGGUGGCCGACCAGCGAGCCGCCGUGCAGUCGCAGCCCAUGUCGUCUUGCCCCAAGUCGGUCGAUCUGAAAAGCAGCUCGCAGCGCCUGGAGGCUGGCAAACACAUGUUGCUGUGCGAGGGCUGCGGGAAGUGCAAGUGCACCCAUUGCACCUCGCCCAGAACCCUUCCCUACUGGUGGGUUUGCAACCAGAGAUGUCAGUGCAGCCCGCAGGACAUGGUGAAUUACAUCACUUGCAUGUGUCUAGUCAGAGGGACUUUCUACCACUGUACCAACGAGGACGAGGAUGGAUAUAGCGCCGACCACCCAUGCUCCUGCUCCCACUCUAACUGCUGGGCACGCUGGUGCUGUAUGGGGACCAUGUCUGUGUUCUUGCCUUGCUUACUCUGCUACCUGCCCGCCACUGGAUGCGUCAAACUGACACAAAAGUUUUAUGACACGGUGAGACGGCCCGGCUGCCGCUGCAAGAAUUCCAACAGUGUGUAUUGCAAGGUGCCCGAAGCAUCGAGUUGCAACGGGGACAAGCCUUCGUGAUACAUGGAGCAGGCGGUGUGCUUGACAGAAUCGUCCUUCACAUUCCCUACUUUACUGGUCCAGUCCUUUGCAAGAUUCCCCCCCCCCCCCCCCCCCCCCCACAAAAGAAAACACAUGGUCUGUUCAAUACCGAGUGUGGGCAAAAGGUUUCCUGUUGCUUUUUGAAAUGGACAUAAUAUAUAAUUAAAUGAAGCUUUUCCGAAGCAGAUAAAUAUUGGGUUUUCAAAAGUUCUUUAGCCAUUCAUGUCUUUACUCCUGAUUCUUGGAGGAUGUUCCACUGAGAAACUAAGGGGUUCUUUGUUUCAUUUGAGCUUGUUGUUGAUGUGAUGGUGGAGGGGGAGGGGGGUGGAGUGUGUGGGGUGGCAAGGAGUUGGGGGUGAAUGGGCAAAUUUCAAACCAUUCAUGUGACUACCUCUAAAUCCUACCAUGUAGUAUAUUGACUGAGACCAAUUGAUAAUGUCACCAUUAUGCUUUGCUUUAUAUAUAUAUGUAUGUGUGUAAGAAAGAACUGCAGAUGCUGGUUUAAAUUGAAGGUAGACACAAAAUGCUGGAGUAUCUCAGCGGGUGAGGCAGCAUCUCUGGAGAGAAGGAAUGGGCGACGUUUUGGGUCGAGACCCUUCUUCAGACUGAUAUAUAUAUAUAUAUAUCUUGUACAGAAUUUAGCCAGACACAUUUUUAUGUGUCCCAAGGUUAUAGAAGCAUAUUUUGUCUUGGAAUGCCAUUAAUUGCUAAUAUCCUCCUAAAUAUUCCAGAUUACACAAACCCCUCAUCAGACCGGAUUUAAAAAAAAUCCAUGUUGUGCCAAAAUAAUCUGAUAUAAGGGCAUUUAAAGCAAAAUUAGCAGAAUUAUAUUCACUGCUAAAUUCAGUGUACUAUUUGAUUGACAAUGGUACUCGUGAAUGAUGUCAUAAUAAAAUCUUGCUAGACACUUUAGAUUGGAAUCUUGAAGCAAUAUAGUAACAUAUUUUUGUGUUUUGUAGGUAAGGAUUCUCACUCUCUAAAUGGGUCAUGUUAAGCUUUUAAUGUGUUAUAUUUAACUUUAUGCAGCAGAAGGUUAUUCCAUGAACACUAGAAAGGGCCUCUGAUUAAAUGUUUUGAAAAAUAUUGUUAAGUAUGUUACUCAUCUUAAACAGAAUUUCACCUUUAAUCCUCAAUCAAUCCAUUUCUGGCUUUUGGUCUGUUUCACAAGAGUUUCUUCGUACAUCAGGCAUGCCAGUGGUUAAUGGGAUUAUUUGGUUGGUGUGAGAGAUUUGUGCUUUACAAGUACAGGAGGCGCGGACAGAUGACAAUGAUUCCUUUCAGAAUAAAAUCCACCAAGUAAAUAACUGCUGACAAUGCAAAUAACAUUUUAUUUUAUAUAAAAGUAAUAAUUGAUCAUUAUUACGAUAGAAUGGGCAUAGGAGCAGAAGGCUCAUGUGAUGUAUUUGUAUUUUUUAAACAAUUUUUAACUGCCCCAGUUUGCAGAUUUAGGCCUUAGAGGUAGAUUGUUACAGUAUAGUGUAUUACAUCUCGUCUAUCCCAUUCAACAAAGCAGAGUGUGAGCUGUACAGGAAGGCAGGAAUUGGCAAUGUCAGCACCUGUCUAACUAAGACCUUGCAGUGAACAGACCAAGGAAACUAUUUUGGCUGCAAUGUAACAAAAAGAAGAGGACAUUUAACAAUUUGAAUUGCAAAGUAAAUGAAUAUAAUUUCUGCUCAACCCAUUCUCUGUGGAAUCACCACCAAUUCAUUAUUUUCAUUUGGUGUUUAAUUUUCACAAGAUUUUUCACAUUUUUUCUAAAAAUAAUGAAAUAGGGAAACAUUUUUGAAGUAAAUUAAAAUAUAUAUAUACUUGUUAGUAAGUUAUUUAAACUAUUACAUUUAAUCAGUUGCAACACCUGCCAUUUUAGAAUCUACUGAAUGAUAAAUAUGGGUAAAAGCAAUUUAGGGGAAUUAAUAUUUUUGUAGCGGAAAUAAACUUGACUGACAUGUUUAUUCCAUCAAGAAAACCGAAAAUAAUUGGGACUAAACUGAACAGCGACUUGCAACUGAUAAUAUUGCUGGAACGUGGAACUAAAAUUGUGGAGUGCACACACGUAAUUUGCAAUAGUGCAUAGACAUAUUUAACCUGAUGAUAAUUUAUUGAGAAGCUCAACAAAAAUAUAAAAGCUAUAAAUAUAAUUGAUGCAGUUUAACCCUGAAGCAUCUCCUUCCAAUUCUGCCCUUAAAAUUGCCAAAAAAAAAUCGGAAGCAAGCACAGUAUUUGCUAUUUGUGGUCUGAUGGGCCACAGGGGACAGAACUCCAGUUUCCAGACCAGCGUGACUAAUGGAAACAGGAUGUUCUCGGCCAACCAGAAUAGUGAUCAGAGAGUGAAUAGAAUACUGCUCCAGCGAUGCUGCCCUUAUUGUUCUUCUCGCUCAGCAAGGAGAACCUCCGUUCGCGGUGCUAGUCAGUCCUGGGUCCUACCACGCGUUUGAAAGAAAGUCAGUGCAGCAUCGCGGUGCUGAACAUGAAUGUUGAAAGAACAAAGCAGAUAGUCUGAAUGGAGGAUGUGAAAUGACAGCUUCAGUGGCGUGACGUUCCAUAGACAAGUCACAGACAAGCCUUUGCCUCUUUGUUGCUGUUUCCAUUUAUCCAAAACUGUUGGCCUGUUGUAAUUCAAUUCACCAAGUAUAAGCAUGUAUUGUGUGCUGUUCGCUUUGACAGGAGUGUUGCUGGAGGUGGGAAGGGAAGAGGAAAGGGGGGGUGGGAACGGGGGACGGCAAGGUCGAAGGGCCUUUUUGCCUCAUUAUGUUAUCCCCCAUUUACACACUCUCAAUUCUGUCCCAGUCAUCCCCUUAUACUCACAGUGGUAAUUCAAGCCCCAAUUGAAUCAGGCUUAAACGAUGCAAAUGCCUGCAUUCAACGUAGGUUACACUUUCUGCUCAACUUAAAGUGUGCAUUUACAUUGAAUUAGAUAUUUUUGCUCAUCCGCCUAGCUCAAUUUGGGAUUGCAGUUCCCUAACAUGUGUCAUUGUUGUAGGUGUGCCUGUGUGGCUGACGCAGCCUUAAAAAUACUUUCCCAUCUAUUGAAUGUAACAUGCAACUGUGGAAUCUGUGCAAGUUCUUAUUUGUUCUGUAAAUACAGUAGUACUAAAGGCAGGAAACGCUCUUUUAAAAUGGUCCCACUGGCAGAGAUGUUCCUCUGUUACAACUUGUGCAGUGUAGUGAGUGUUUUGUUGGUAUAGUGAUUUUAAUGAGGCACUUUCUACAAAUAUAUAAAUAAAUGUUGAAAAUCCUGACAAAGGAAUGAAUUGACUGAGAGGGAUACGUGUAAAUCUAGGCAGAAGUCCAAUGUGAUUUGGGUUCCCUUCAUUGGAACGCCAUUGAAUGCUAAAGGCAGGUCAGUGGGUCACUUGGUGGUGGCCGUUUUUUAUCAGGAAACAAAUGACAGGGAUGGCAGGCCCUCAUCAGCCCCUUUUAUAUGAACUACCAUCUACAGUCUUCCCCAAACUUGACAGUUGUUAUUAGUUAAUAGGGGGACGGGUUUAAUGAGCAGUAGAACGCUUACUGAGACAGAGCAAAAAUUACUCCUGUGAGUGAUAGUUAAUGACCCAUGUUAGAAAACCCUCACGUGUGAACGCUAGUUGAAGGAAGAGUUUGGGUUCAUUUAGGAUGUCACUCAGUUGAUUGGAAGGGACUCCACAGCACUCUGGGCUUACAUAUGAUCACUUGGGUCAAGUGCAUGAGGCAAUCAGAAUUGAGCCAUACCUCAGGAUAUGUCAGCACCUUAAGGAAAGUACAAAAGGUUCAAGACUGAAUAAAUGAUAAGUAGAUUGCAUUAAUUCUGCUCUGUAAUAUCACAGUUCAAUAGUUGUAUGGAUUCUUCACCUGAAUCUUUACAAUGCUGUCAAAGUACCUCAAUUGCGUAGGAGAGAGACACAGACAGAAUUGAAGUUUAUCCCUGCUGAUUCCUGAAUAAACCCCAAACAAACAAGUUGGCACCUACCAAAAUCUCCGUUUGCAUGGUACUCUUUAAGAAACAACUUGAGUAAUUGUGAACUUCAUUGAAAUGCAAGCUAUCAGUACCAGUCAUUACAAUUUCCUGUUCAUGUUUAACUUGGCACCUUUGUGUUAACAUGAAAAGCUGUGUAGAGUUCUGUUUCUGAUUCUGUUGGAAAAGGGUUCUUGUAAGAAUAUUUAUUUGAAGGUUCUAUUUUAUAGUAUUUAUUUUAGAUUUUCUCCUGUUGUGAGAUUUCCUUGAUUGUGUAAAAUAAAAGGGGAAAUAUGUGAUGUAUGUAUGAAUCAGAAAAAAAUAUAUUGAUGAUAAAAAAAAA